AUGUCGAAAUUGAUUGAGCUCGGGCGCGCAGUACUCAGCUCGCCUGCCACUAAUCACGAGCUGUGGCUCACAACAUUGAUCACCCUCUCAUCAAGAGAGGACGCAACUUACCUACAGCGACUCACUUCACCCCAGUGCCUCGAUUUUUUGAUUUCCGGAAAGACUUGGGUCAAACGUGGACAACAUAUGCACAUCGAAAUAAGACUCAACUUACGCGAGGACUCACUACCCGACAAGCAACUGCAAGACCUCGCGGAUGCUGUCCUUCAUGCACCAGUUUGGGAUCAGCUGAUGUUGAAGCCAACCCAACGAACAGAUACCGCUAUGGAUCCAGGGACGAUACGCUUGGAUGUCAACCAUGCAUCUGCCAUGGGAAUGCAGGGAAAGAAGGAGCGUCACAGACUCUUCUUGGAUGUACCGGCAGCAGAUAUUCGACCGCCCGAGGGUAUUGCAGAGAUUUCACUCCACACGGUACGCCUCUGCGUGGACAUCCUCGAGACAAGCCCGCGCCGGAGGUCCACAACGAAGCGAUCGAAUUCACCUCGAAGCGAGCGAAGAGUAUCAGCUUUAGACGAAGAAGAGUCUGAUACGCUUUUGCACGAGAUGGCUUCCGAGAACUUACUGCAUGAUAUUGACACCGAUCGCAGCCAAACUGCUGUGAGGGCACUGGCAUGUCGGAAAAGAAAACGAUCAGCUACGGAGACCGUGGUGUCGACUCAGUCACACUCACCCGACAAGGACAAAACAUUGAAGCGACCACGCAAACGCCUGAUCGUUGAUUCUUCCAUACAGCUCGGAUGGAAGGCUAAAGCAAGCACUUUCCGUCUAGGCUUAGCAGACGUAGCUCCUGCGAUAUGGAGAACCGGGUAUUUGGUCGCUAUGUCUCAGCGAGCUUGUCUGAUCCCUACUAUUGCUCGUUCCCUUGCUCGAAUCGAUAGCGUAAACUCCAUGUCCAUCUCGCUUAGGGAUAAGAUGAAAAGAUUGAGUCCGAUGGCGCAAGAAACCUGGUCAAGUCUCCCAAGUGACAAAUGGCCAAUUCUUGGAUAUGACGCUGCUGAGAACAACUUAGCCAUCGCGGGGCGUUUAUGGGUGAUAUCACAGAGAAGCCUUCUGGACAAACCCCUGGUUUCAAUUCAGGCAUGUAUUAAUUCUUCUCAUCCAGACCAUCCGGUUUCGGACGACAUGUUGGCAGAAGAGGAGCCACUCUGGCACUAUUCCCGGCGCACUACACCAGACCAGGAUAAUCAUCCGCGUGAAUUGUCCAACGAUGUAUUACCACCGGCCGGGUAUGCUCAAACGAACCCACAGCACGGGAGAUCUAUCGGCAGUCCCUAUCUGAAUAUCGAUGUUCGAGAAAGCGAGGAUGACCUGCUCCUUGACUCAUAUCCUCAGAAUACCAUGGCGAAUACAUUCUGCUCCGCGGACAUGCACUUUCGCACGCCUGAUAUAUCGGAUGAAGAUCUCCUUCCAGCACUUCAUGUCCCCAACUAA